CUUCUGUAGUGCUAGCGAACUUGAAGAUGGGUUCUUCUUCAAGAUUUAAUUGCUGUGCAAUUUUGUUUUGUUUUACUUUUCUCACCCUUAAUCUCUUUGCUUCUGCUACAAUUGUUUCUCAUGAUGGAAGAGCCAUAACCAUUGAUGGCAAACGUAGAGUUUUGCUAUCUGGCUCUAUUCAUUACCCAAGAAGCACAGCUGAGAUGUGGCCAGACCUCAUCAAGAAAUCAAAAGAAGGUGGAUUAGAUGCCAUUGAAACAUAUGUUUUUUGGAAUGCUCAUGAGCCCACUCGUCGCCAAUAUGAUUUCAGCGGUAAUCUUGAUCUUGUAAGGUUCAUCAAGACUGUUCAAGCUGAAGGUCUUUAUGUUGUUCUUCGUAUUGGACCUUAUGUUUGUGCUGAGUGGAAUUAUGGAGGAUUCCCUGUGUGGUUGCAUAACAUGCCUGGCAUUGAACUACGCACCGCCAACGAUGUGUUCAUGAAUGAGAUGCAAAACUUCACAACCUUGAUAGUAGAUAUGAUGAAACAAGAAAACCUUUUUGCUUCUCAAGGAGGUCCAAUUAUUAUUGCCCAGAUAGAGAAUGAAUAUGGGAAUGUGAUGUCGCCAUAUGGAGCAGCAGGAAAGGCAUAUCUUGAUUGGUGUGCUAAUAUGGCCGAUUCUCUCCAUGUUGGAGUCCCAUGGAUCAUGUGCCAACAAAGUGAUGCUCCAGAGCCAAUGAUCAACACAUGCAAUGGUUGGUAUUGCGAUUCAUUCACACCUAAUAGCCCUAAUAGUCCUAAAAUGUGGACUGAAAAUUGGACUGGCUGGUUUAAGAGCUGGGGUGGCAAGGAUCCUCAUAGAACUGCUGAAGAUGUUGCUUUCUCUGUUGCUAGAUUUUUCCAAACUGGAGGCACUUUCCAAAAUUACUACAUGUACCAUGGUGGGACUAAUUUUGGGAGAACAGCUGGUGGUCCAUAUAUCACCACAUCUUAUGAUUAUGAUGCACCCCUUGAUGAAUUUGGAAAUUUGAAUCAACCAAAAUGGGGACAUUUGAAGCAGCUUCAUGAAGUCUUGCAUUCCAUGGAAGAAACUCUUACUCAUGGCAACAUUUCCACAAUUGACUAUCACAACUCUGUCACGGCAACUAUUUAUGCAACUGAGAAAGGGUCAAGCUGCUUUUUGGGAAAUGCAAAUAGCACUUCAGAUGCUACCAUUGAUCUUCAUGGAACUGAAUACACAGUUCCUGCAUGGUCUGUUAGUAUCCUUCCUGAUUGUCAAAAUGUAGCUUAUAAUACUGCCAAGGUGAAAACACAAACUUCAGUUAUGAUAAAGAAAAAGAACCAAGCUGAGGAUGAACCCUCUUCUCUUAAAUGGUCAUGGAGGCCAGAGAACACUGAUAGAACUGUAAUUUUGGGGAAGGGGCAUGUUCAAACUAGCCAACUUCUUGAUCAGAAAGCUGCAGCUAAUGAUGCUAGUGACUAUCUUUGGUAUAUGACAAGUGUGCACCUUAAGAAAGAUGAUCCAAUUUGGAGCCGUGAUAUGUCUCUUAGAGUGAAUGGCAGUGGUCAGAUUCUUCAUGCAUAUGUUAAUGGAAAAUAUCUUGGUUCUCAAUGGGCAAAAUAUGGCGUUUUCAGUGAUGUCUUUGAAAAGAAUAUCAAGUUGAAAUUAGGGCAUAACCAGAUCAGCUUACUCAGUUCAACAGUUGGAUUAGCGAACUAUGGUCCUAAGUUCGAUUUGAUACAAGCUGGAAUUCCAGGUCCAGUGGAGUUGGUUGGUCGUAAAGGUGAUGAGAGCAUUAUAAAAGAUCUUUCUGCACAUAAAUGGUCGUACAAAGUUGGAUUGCAUGGCUUGGAAAAUAAACUCUACAGCUUGGAUUCACCACAAGCUUCCAAAUGGCAAGAACAUGAUCUGCCCACAAACAGGAUGAUGACUUGGUACAAGACUACCUUCAAAGCUCCACUAGGAAAAGAUCCAGUUGUGUUAGAUAUGGAUGGUAUGGGGAAGGGUGUUGCUUGGGUAAAUGGUCAUAGCAUUGGCAGAUAUUGGCCAAGUUUCGUUGCUGAGGAGGAAGGUUGUAGCAUUGAGGCAUGUGAUUACAGGGGUCCAUAUGAUAACAACAAAUGUGUCACUAAUUGUGGGAAGCCAACACAAAGAUGGUAUCAUGUCCCUCGUUCCUUCAUAGAAAAUGAUGUAAAUACCUUAAUUCUGUUUGAAGAAUUUGGUGGCAAUCCAGCAAGAGUAAAUUUUCAAACUAUUACAGUUGGAUCAGUAAGUGGAAGUGGCAUCGAAGGAGAUACAAUUGAAUUGUCUUGCCAAGGCCAACCAAUUUCAGCAAUUGAAUUUGCCAGUUUUGGUGACCCUCAGGGGACAACAGGUUCCUUUGUCAAAGGAACUUGUGAAUCAAAAGAUGCAUUGUCAAUCAUUCAAAAGGCAUGUGUUGGCCAGGAGACCUGCAAAAUUGAAGUCUCUAAAGAUGUACUUGGAUCCACAAAUUGUGACAGCAGCAUCGUGAAUACUCUAAUUGUGGAAGCCCUGUGUUAAUUAGUAGUAGUUUUUUUAGCGGUGAUAAUUUCAGUUUUGUUCUCUAUCGAGUGAUUUAGAUAAAUUCUAAAUGGAUUUAGAUAAAUUCUAAAUGAAUUUAUAAAAGUGAUUUUUUAAUCUAAUUAUUUUUUAUUUGCCUUCAAUUUUCUAA